UGCAGCACGAAAUGUGGUAAACAGCACCGGGGCCUCGAAGAAUAUCCAAAAAUAACACAAGUCGGGUUAGUAUUGUUUGCAGAUAUAGUUAGCUGCAUACAAUUCAGAUCAAUCAAUCAGAACUGGGCGUUUCUUCGUGGGAGUCCCUCGGCUAUUCUCUGAAUCCUACUUCUAGUUUCUAUUUGGUCACGUCCGCCCCCUCACACACAUGAGUGCUGUUUUCUCCUUGAGCUGGGCCAAGCGCCAUGCCUGACCGGGACAGCUCCUACCUGUCAGGUGGCGGUGGGACUGGAGUUAGUCUGGGUGAGGACGGAGGACCUGGGUCUGGUUUGGUGGGGGGCUCGGCAGAGGGCAGAGGGGGCUCAGGAGGAAGUCUUGGAGGCAACGUCUCUGGCUCUGGGAGCAUGGGUGGAGGAGCGGCACUCGGAAAUGGCAACAGUUGUGGGAAUGGUGCUGGGCAAGGUGCAGGACUGGCGUUGGAUGGUGUCUGCAGGGACUUCAUAAGGAAUGUCUGCAAGAGAGGAAAGCGGUGCCGCUUUAGACACCCAGACUUUAAUGAGGUGCCGGACUUGGGAGUGCAGAAGAAUGAAUUUAUCUUCUGUCAUGACCACCAGAACAAAGAGUGCAUGCGCUCCAACUGCCGCUUUGUCCAUGGAUCUAAAGAGGAUGAGGACUAUUAUAAGAAAACAGGAGAGCUUCCCCUCAGACUAAGAGGGAAAGUUGCGGCUCGGCUGGGCCUGUCCCCCAUGGAUCUCCCCCAUAGCCGUGGGGAAGUACCCAUCUGCAGAGACUUCCUGAAGGGAGAGUGCCAGAGGGGCAAUAAAUGUAAAUUUCGCCAUGUCAAAAAAGACUAUGAAUAUGAGCCAGCCAGAGGCGGAGUGGGUGGUGUUAUAGGAUCAGGUGCCAGUGGAAUGGUGAAUUCUGGUGGAGGGAUAGGUGUUGGGGGAGGAGGUACCUGUGGGGGAAUGCAAGGACUUGUGGGAGGUGGGGGUGGAAGUAAUAUGAUGGGGAUGGGUUGCCCCAGCUUGGGUGGCUGCAGAGAUCCUGGUAUCCCAGGAGUUGGCGGGGUAGGUGGAGGUGGGAUGAGCACUUGUCUGUCCAUAAGUUCCACAGGGCAACGGCGUUAUGACAGGAGCUCAUGCUCAGUGUAUGACCCUCUGCUGGAAAGUGGACUGUUUGAUGCAAGCUCCCUGGAGGCCUCUAUGGACCACACUGCUCUACAGCUGAAGAGGCGGCGGUUGGAGGGGCUGCGGCUGGCAGAUGCGAGUGGAGGUGCACACUAUGAGCUGGGAGUUCAAGCCACCUUGCCACCACGUCCUCUGGAGUACAGGUUCCUGGAGGAAGAGAACUCCCUGCUGAGGAAGAGAGUGGAAGAGUUGAAGAAGCAGGUUUCAAAUCUCAUUGCCACCAAUGAGGUUCUUCUGGAGCAGAACGCCCAGUUCCGCAGUCAGGCCAAGGUGAUGACGCUGUCUUCCACUCCUGCACUGUCCUCCACUGAGCAGACUCUGGUGCCCCCUGUGGGUGCAGUAAGUUCCUACAAUCACAGCAUUGCCCAGACUCACACCACCCUGAGCAGCGCAGGGCUGCAGCCUCGGCCUGUCACACAGCAAGACCUGGUAGCUCCAACAGGCGCCCCUGCAGCGCCCCCGACUAAUGCUGCCCCACCCCCGGCCCCCCCCCCCCCCCCCCACCCCGAGAUUACCCCCCUCUCAGCUGCCCUUGCACAGACCAUUGCCCAAGGGAUGGCACCACCGGUUUCUAUGGCACCGGUGGCUGUAUCCGUGGCACCAGUGGCAGUGUCCAUGACACAGCCUCUGCCUGGCAUCACCAUGAGUCACGCCACCACCCCAAUGGUGUCGUACCCCAUUGCGAGUCAGAGCAUGAGGAUCACCACUCUGCCUCACUAACUGCUCAAGUGCAGGACUCCAGUCCCCAAAAGUCAGACUGUAGCAUCCUUUACUCUGACUUUUAACAAAGAUCUUUUAUGUGUAUGAGACUGAACUGAUGACAGACUUGUGACAACAAAUACAGCUGCACGCAGGCAAACCCAACAGAAGGAAGCCCCCAAAUUAAAGCC